GCCGACGACGUUCGUUCUCUCGGGCCAACUCAUCGGUCUUUUUGACACAGAAUAUGUUUGUUUUCCUUUCUUGAUUUUAAUGAACUGAAACUAAUUUAUUGCAAUAAUUUAGAUCUAGUGAAUAGCAGAUAUGGAGGUUUACUAUCUCAUAUUCAUUUUGAGUGUUUUCUGGCAUGGUUCAGAGGGUAUUAUGUGGAGCCUGACUCCGAACACCCAAAAGUGUUUGAAAGAGGAGUUACACGCGAAUGUCCUCGUGGCCGGAGAGUAUGAAGUCACAGAAGUUGCCGGCCAGAGAGUAGAUUACACUAUUCGUGAUUCAAAAGGCCACAUCCUGUCACAGAAGGACACAAUUACGAAGGGCAAGUUCACAUUUGUGACGGAAACUUAUGACACCUUUGAAGUGUGCUUCAUUUCCAAAGUGCCGCCGGAACGCCGUAGCGUCAGCCAGGAUGUACAUCUAGACAUCAAAGUUGGAAUUGAAGCCAAAAACUAUGAAGGUAUCGGUGAAGCCGCCAAGCUGAAGCCGAUGGAAGUGGAACUAAAGCGGCUUGAAGACUUGUCAGAAGCCAUCGUGCAGGACUUCACCCUGAUGAGGAAGCGGGAAGAGGAGAUGAGGGACACUAAUGAGUCAACAAACAACAGGGUACUCUUCUUCAGCGUAUUCUCGAUGGUGUGUCUCCUAGGCCUGGCCACGUGGCAGGUACUCUACCUGCGCCGGUACUUCAAGGCCAAGAAGCUUAUUGAAUAGACGAUAAUUUAGAUUAGGGGUCUCCAGGCUACGGCCCUUAGGCCCGCAAGAAAGAAGCAGGAAACUCGAGGGCCUUAGAGUUAGACCAAGCUAACUCGGCACUGGAUUUGCAGCAACAGAGUGCGGAAAUGAGAGUCUAAGGCCGCGGACUAGACGCUAGCGGCGAGCGGCAAAUCAAGGCCGUUCCUAGAUUUGGCCGAGCGCAAUGUAUGAAUGGCCUUGAUUUGCCGCUCGCCGCUAGCGUCUAGUCCGAGGCCUGAAUGUCAUAUUGCUGUGAAAUUAUAAUGGUUGCCACACUUUGUCACUGCAGUUGUUGCAGUGUUAGCUUAGACGGAUUCCGGAAAGUAAGCGAAUGCCUUUGAUUAAACAGUUUGGAGAUCUCUGAUAUAGGGCGGGUUGCACAAUCAACGUUAAAUAUGGCGGCACCAACUGUACUAUACAGAACUGUCAAACUUUUCAUACUAACAAAAACGACGUUGACAAACUGGUGCAACUGGCCCUAGAUGGUGCGUCUGCGAGAUUCGUAAGUUUCAAGCGAUAUUUGAUCGGUCGAUUGAGUUUUGUAAAUUUGUACCUCGAAAAUAUAAAGCCGCUCGCCGCUGAAGUCCAGUCAGCGGCCUCACAGAGCUCGCAUGCGGCGUACCAUCUUAUUUAGCCUUAACGCCGGUAGGGGGCGUUGAUCAUUCGUAAACUUUAUUGCAGUGUUAUAAGGUUUACCAAUGAUUAAUGUUGCCAGUUUAAAAAAAAGUCCAAAUUAGUUUGUAUUAUUUCUGUAUCCAAUCGCAGGCGACUUACGAACAUCUCUCCCUCACUGAUUUAGUGUGAAAAAGAUGAACUGAGACUUUUCACGCCAAAAUUAGAUUUGGUUAUUCAUGCUAUCUCUUUCAGUCUUUUCUUGACUGAGACAGUGUGAGAGAGACAGUAAUAAAGAUUCAAUUUACGAGUGAAUGCCACUUUAGUGGUGCUUUAUUUAGAACAGGAUAUUAUGGACUUUUUAUUAUUAGUAGAUCAAAUGUUACAUCACAGAAUGCAGUUUAUUCGUUUUCGACAAAAUUCUAACCUCAAAAUACGUUAUUUUAGCAAAAAUUUAAUAGCCGAGGUAUUUUGGACAUCCUGUUACCUCUUCACGCUUAAAUCGCUAAAGCGAUUUAGAUGAAAUUUGGUAUGGGGAUAGUUUGAGGCCCGGGAAGGACAUAGGGUAGUUUUUAAGGUUCCGUACCUAAAGGGUAAAAACGGGACCCUAUUACUAAGACUUUUGACACUUGAAAUUUUCACAGGUAAUGUUUUUCUGGUUGCCGCUAAAACAACAAAUACUAAAAAUUAAAUUUGUACGUAACCCUCGGUGGGCGAGUCCGACUUGCACUUGUCCGGUUUUAUCAAUCAUCAUCAUAAUUCCACGCAGACGAAGUCGCGGGCAGAAGUUUGUUAUUUUUAACAAUAACAGUUUUCAGAUAAUAAAUCAGUUUUGAGGUUAGAAUUUUGUAGACCAAAUAAUAACGAGUUUACUGUUGCUUCUGUUUACGGCAGUGUUAUAAAUUAUUUUUAUCUCGAUUCUUAACAAUUAUCAUUAUCAUUAUGUAAUUACUUUGUUUUAAAGAGUUGCGUUUAUGUCAAUGUGUUUCUAAGAAUGUAAAAAGUUGUACGAAACUGAUAUA